AUGAAGAAUAUCUUUGUAAGAAAAAUCAAUUCUUUUCAAAGUUUCGAAAAAAUUUUUAAUAAAUUGACAAAUCCAUCGCAACAAAAUGGAUAUUCAAAUAUUAAUCAAGUGAAAGACAAAUUGGAAAAUUAUCGAAAUGAUCUGGAGAAAAUUCAUGAAACCCACCUCAAAAAUCAAAAUAAACUGCAGAGAAAUUUAACAAAUCUUCAAGCAAUUUCAAAUCAUUACGCAAAAUUAAUUCAAGAAGAUUCAGACAAAGGAACUCUCUUUUUAAUUGAAAAUUCCUUUGAUAAUUAUGAAAAUUUAUUGAAGAAAAUUGAAGAAAUCAUCAACGAUCUCAAUGAUUAUAUUCAAUCAAAACAACAAUUUUAUUUUCACGAUGAAUUCGAUGCAUCGGAGAUGAAUUGUAUCUUCAUUUAUAUUAAUCAAUUCGACAAUUUCACUAAUCCAGUUAUUCAAAAAUUCGUGAAUGAAGUGAAUGAAGAUUUGAAAGUUUAUCUUCGUGAAUACGUAAAUUUUGUUGAAAAAGAAAUUGACCGAUACUUUAAUUAUUUAGUUCGAUCAAAGAUAAAGGAAUUUUGUCAAGAAAAUUUUCAAAAAUAUUUAUUGAAUUUCUUAUCAAUGAAGAAAUUCGAAAUUCUUUUCAAAUAUUCGAAUGGAGAAAAGAAAUUGAAAUCUUUUCAAAAGAAAUUCGUGAAUUAUCAUCAUUCCAUUAUCAAUGAAAUUGAAGAAGAUAAAAUCAAUGAGAAUUUUGAAGAUUUCAAAGAGAAAUUAUCUCGACUUCGAUCGUUGAUUUGUUUAGAUGAAUUUUUCAUCGAAUUGAACGAAAAUGAUCGAUUUGAAAAAUCUUUUCGAAAAUCUCACCUCGAUUUUCUUCAACUUUCCGAACAAAUCUAUCAAUCAAUGUUAAAUGCAAUUUCCAAACAAGAUUUUCUCUNUCAAAUCAAUGAAAUGAAGACAAGAAUUUCUCAAUUACCCAAAGAAAUUCUUGAACAAUAUGAUUUUGCCGAUUUGAAUAAAUAUCUGAACGAUUCACCAAAAUAUCUUUGUCAACAAUUGAAACUUGUUUCAUCAAAUGGUUAUACAAAAUAUUCCGAUGUUUAUCGACAAAUUUUGGAGAAAAUUCGAACGAAUUUUUUAUUCGAAAUUAACAAUGUAAAAGAUAAUCGAGUUUUCAAUCGAUCAAUCAGAAUGCAUUCGGUUAGAGAUGCGUUUUAUUCUUUACCCGAUGAAUUACAAAGUGUUUUUCGAAAUGAUAUUGAAGAUAUUCAACAAAUGAUUAAGAAACAAAUCUCUGUUCCAGAAUUUGAUUAA